UUGUCCUGUGCAGGGAGCAGAGAUGGCCAUUUCCGUACAGUGGGUCUCUGUUUGAAAUUCCACCCCUCCGCCUUUGUAGUGCACAGCGAGGGGCGGGAAGACAAACAGGUCCACAUGUAUAAAGAGAGAUCAUCCCAGGACUGCGAGUCAGGAGACUUCCAAACAUCGUUCCGAAACUCUCUGGAAACUUUAGGAUUCUGGAUUCAAGGCCGUUUUGGACUUUGUCACUCUUCUUCUCAAAACAAAAGGGACAUUCUUAUCGUGUGUUUGCCGGAGAAUUUAAGAAAGGAAUCAUGAAGAUGCCUUCAGUCCACCGCUUCUUGGCUGUGUAUCUCACGCUGUUUGGAUACCUUGGGGACGUUUACGCGGGCACAGUCCUGACGAACUCCAACGCGAUCAAAAACCUACCCGGCGCUCCCGUUGUUAAAGAUACCGAUAGUGUCAGUCCGAGUCCUCGAACAUCACCUUCUGGUAGCAUGGGACACAAAUUACCCGCAGACACCUUGCAGACCUCAGGUGUUUGCACGGAUGAUGAAGAGUGCGGAGGUGAGGAAUUCUGCAACGAUGCUCGAGGCGUCUGCCUACCCUGCCGUAAGAACCGAAAGCGUUGCGCAAGGGACUCGAUGUGCUGUGCAGGAAACCGCUGCAGCAACGGUGUUUGCCAGGCAAAUGACUUAGAUGGCGCAGAUGUAGCCCUCACCACUGGCUGGCACACACACAACAGUACCAUGGAGCAUCGAGCCAAGAAGCCUCCCACUGCCCAUAGCAACCAGCCUCAUGCUGUCAAAGGCCAAGAGGGGGAUGCCUGCCUGAGAUCUGCAGACUGCUCCGAGGGUCUUUGCUGUGCCAGACACUUCUGGUCUCGCAUUUGUAAGCCUGUUCUGACAGAGGGCCAGGUGUGUACGCGCCACCGCAGGAAAGGCAACCAUGGCUUGGAGCUGUUCCAGCGUUGUGACUGCGGCGAAGGGCUGGCCUGCCGACCAGAGAAAGGAGAGCGAGAUCACACUGUCAGCAGGACUGCAGCCCGGAACCUACACACCUGUCAGAGACGCUGACAUGAACGAGUGGAUGCACACAGAAAGAGAAACCUGCACACUCACACGCCCAGCAAAACCCACAACUCAGUCACAGACACUGACAAACACUUGCAUACACAAGAGAUGCUGACACACACGCACACACACAUGCACACAGACACCUAAGACAUUCUUUCCUGCCAAAGUUGCUGACACAAACACAUCAGCCGGAAGGAUAGACAUGAUUCCUGGAAAAGUGAUACACCCAAAGGGAUACAAGAGUGCAAGAUGGACUGAUUCAAUUCCCUUUCAGCAGAUGAGGAGUCGGAAGUUAGGAAGUGACAUUUCAGAAGUAUUAGGAAGAUCAAUGCAUGUCAUUGGUAAUGGCAGAGCUGUUUUGUUUCUCUUUUUAUGGAACUUCAUGCCACGGUUAUUGCAGUAAAUUACUGUAUUGUACAUAUUUCCCUGGAUGUGGCACUUAAAUGAGCUAUUACAUUCUGUCAACACCAGUAUUAUAAAGACAUGGUGCUGCAUGCAUUGUAAAUGUGUUAUAUAUAAUGUUUUAUAAGAAAUGUUAUCUAUUGAAAAUUUGAAUAUAUUUGUUUUAUUAAA